AUGAAUCAACAGCCUUCGGUAUCUCCUUCGGCUUGCUAUACCCUUCCUGGGGUUAUGCAUUACUUACAAACUGAAUUUACGAAAAAUGAGAGAGACAGGAUUAAUUGGGAACUUGAGCGGUGCGAAAUGAAAGCAAGAAUUGCUCAAUUAGAGGGCGAAAACCGUGAUUUGCGGUAUGAGUGCAUGAAAUUAAAGCAGGAAUCAACUGCAGAACCGGAAGAUAUUUCAUACCAAGAGCCGCAGUUAAUUAAGUCGAAGUUGUCUGUACAAGAGAAUGUAAAGGAGAUUGUUUAUUUACUAAAGAGUCCUCAAGUUACGGAGCAGUUGGAUGCAUGGAAUAACAAAUGCUCAUCUAUACAUCCGUUGGAGUCAAUGAAUCUAAAUACCAGAAAGCCAAGUGGGAAAGAUAUGGCGGCAGAGAGUGGAAGUGGUGCGCCAAUGCAAGAUUCUCCUGUUUCGCCUAAAGUUAAGAUAACCUCUCCUCAGCAGCCACUUUCGCCGUCUUUGUUUAUGUCAGCUGGGCAGAAGUACGAGUCGGAUCAAGAAACCAUUGUGCUUGAGCAACAAUCUUCUGCACUUGUUUCUCCCAGUUCAGGAGGGGGGAGCGCUAACAUAGAAAACAUCACUUCUCCCAUCUCACUGCGGAGCAACAAAAUGAGUUCUCCUAAGAAAGUACAUUUGACUCAACCUGCAUCUAGCACUACCCCGCUGGCGUACGUGGAUAAACUGACGCUGUUUCAGAACAACUUGCUGACCCUAACUGGUGACGUUCAACUGAAACAUUGGUUAAUAAGCUCUGACCUUGAGCUUGGUGAUAAGCUUACAAUCCCAACAUUUCACGGAUUGGGGCAAUAUGUUAUUGCUAUUUUCUGGUGGGAUGCAAAAACCUUCAUUACUAUUGACGAAUCUGGAUUAAAAGUAUGGUCGGUAGAGAUCCCAGAGCCUAUCAUGCAAUGGGACUGUUUUCAGAACUUGGAAUUUGAGAAUAUUGAUAUUAUCGACUUUAAAAACAAGUGGCUGGUGCUGAAGCUUGGUGGUAGGAUAUUAAUAUGGAAACUGGAUAUCUCCAAUGAGGACAAUAUGAUAUCGAUCGCCAGCAACUACGAACUCUUACUGGACGAUCAAAAGCCCGCUUUCUUUAUUCUUGGACUUACUGAGGAGUCCUUGAUUGUGCUAUAUCUGGAUCCAUGUCAUUGGACAAUAUAUAACUUCCAGGGUAAAGUACUACAGCAAUAUGAUUUGAGUGAAUUUACCACUGACCUAAAUCCUAAGGGAAACAAUGUUACCAGGCUCGUGUUGAACAAGAAAACAUCCAAGCUGUUGAUACAGAUAAACAAUCAGCUAAUUGUCUAUUCUUUUGAUCAGAAAAAAACUGUUGCUACUUUUGAAUUGGAAAGCAUCCCUAGUAACAUCGUCUUUAAGUUUAAUUCAGAGAUUGUCGUUCUAGGAUAUUGUGAUGGAACAAUUGAGGUUCGUGACUUGAAAGAUUUUGAUAAGAUAAUUAAGUCUUAUAAUCAUUACCGAAUAGAGAAUAAUGCUCUUUCUUCUGACGUUGCACAUCAUCGAUCUGAUGUAGUAACACGAGCUGAGGGUGAAAAGGAAAUCCCUAUGAAGAAUUUCAUAAAUAUGGACGUUGCAAUUGUCAAUGAUACCCCAGCCAUUGUGUCUGGGGGUGACAGUGGUCUAGUGCGUUUGGUAAGCUUACAUGAUGUUGCUUUCUGA